AUGUUUUCCUCCGAACGCACAUACCAGGCUCGCAUAAUUCAAGAAGAGUACCGCUCAGCAGCAACCACAAAAUUCGUGCAACCAACCGAACCGAGCAGGGCGAAGUUGCUCCUUCAAGCUGUGAAGAAGAAAGCAGCAUCAUAUUUAGUGAUCUUUCUCGAUACAUCGUCUAUACAUGGGCUGAACCAUCUGGUGGCGCCUGGGAGACAUCCUUUGGAAGUAUUACUCUGGCUAGCCCUGGUCAUCCUCUCCGUCUUUGGCUCCGUGUAUCUCUCCAGCACUACGUGGGAGCGCUACCAGUCCUCGCCAACUGUAGUGUCCAUGGACCGAGAUAUGUUUGCAUGGAAUACUACGUUUCCAUGUGUCACCAUUUGCCCGCAUCGGAGGAUUGAUGAGAAAAAGCUGGAUUUGUAUGUGAGAAACUCUCCAGUCCCAGACAAGGAAGCCCUCAAAAAAUUCAUCAUGCAGCUAUCCAACUCAACCUACAAGAACUUUGAGGACCUGCCAGCAUACGAUCCAAUACCUGCCACCGACUACCUGCCCACCCUGUUGAACCUGUCUGCGCCUUUUGGACCCACGUUGACUAUUGGUGCUUCCGGGAUUCUCUUGAAGGUGCAACCUACUGUGACGGAGAUGGGACUGUGUUAUGCUAUCAAUUCGAAAGUCGCUGAGUAUAAUUCGCCUACAUAUAGAGAAGCAAAUAGAUGGGACAUGAUAAAACAUCAGAAUGAGACGUUUUUCGUACACCCCUUAGAUGGUGAAGUAUUCGCACAAGUGAUAAAUUUAUCGACUGCUUAUGACGUGUACAUCCACGGUCCCCUGGAAGUUCCAGACAUAUCUACCAAGUUCCAGCACUCGGCACAAGACUUCUACAUGAAGAUGUACGUGACUGCGCUCACCGUCUACACUUCACCUGAAGCUGCUAAGCUAAGCGUACCGCAACGUCGCUGCCGCUUCAUCAACGAGAACCCGCUGAAGCACAACUCAGUGUAUACGUACACAAUGUGCCGAAUGGAGUGCCGGAUCCGGCUGUGUAUGAAGUACUGUAACUGUAUACCCUACUUCUAUAGGAGAAUUGGCGAUGAAAAGAUUUGCGAUGUCAAUGGAAUGCGCUGUCUCGCUAGAUACAAAGAUGAGUUGUACAAGCUGGAAGUAGAUAAGGAUAAGAAGAAAAUAAGCUGCGGAUGUGUCCCCAUCUGUGACGAUGUCAACUACGUUAUACAGUCUUAUGUAUUACAAGAAUGGUUUCUGGGCACGAACCUGCAGUGGGGAAUCGUCACGUAUCCUCGGAUGCGGUACAGGAGGGACAUCAUUUUCGGCUUCACUGACGUAUUAGUGGCUGUGGGCAGUAUGGCGGGCUUGUUCCUGGGUUGCAGCGUCCUGAGCUUCAUGGAAAUCGUCUACUUUCUGUCGCUGAGACUCAUCUUCUAUACCAAGGAUGCACUUACUAAGAAGACAUAAUGGAGCAGUUUACACACACAUUUCAAUUAAAAAUAUUUUAAGCGGGUAUUAAGAGCGUGAUGGGUAUGCGUC